AUGGCUCACAUAGCGCGCCGUCUCUUCUCGACAACCACGUGUCGGCAGGCCUCUGCUGCAGAAGCCAGCGCUGAGCUGUUCGAGCGAUUCGGCCAUGGAAAACCAGUCUCGAUCAGAAAGCAGGUACUCGACGCGAAUCAGCUUCAGUUGCUCAACAUUACAUUGAACCGCACGCCAUCAUCAGAGAACCCACCACCUCAAGGCACACCCGUCCCACCAGGACACCACCUUGUCUACUUUACACCAAGCAUUAUCGAAUCCGAACUCGGCCUCGACGGCACAGACCGAACCGUAAACCCACUCUCGCCAUACACACGACGCAUGUGGGCUGGCGGUGAACUGACAUGGGCGCAAGAUGCGAAUGGCCUGCUCAGGAUCGGUCAAGAGGUGCGCGAGACGACCAAACUCCUAUCGGCCGAGCCAAAGAAGCUAAAGAACGGCGGCGAGAUGCUAGUCGUGGGCGUAGAAAAGACCUUUGAGAAUUUCAAAGGCAUUGCGCUUGUGGACAAAAGAAACUGGGUGUUUCAAAAGGAGAUUUUACCUGGGAACCCAUUGCCGUCUCCUACUCGGCCAGAGGAGAAGGCCCUGCCAACUGGAGAUCACAAAAAAGACUUUUGCCAAACGGACGUGACUCUGUUCAGAUUCUCUGCAUUGACAUUCAAUGGGCACAAGAUUCACUUUUCACCAGAGUGGUGUAGACAAGUUGAAGGGCACAGAAACUCAGUGGUGCAUGGCCCCCUCAACUUGAUCAACAUCCUCGAUUUCUGGCGAGACACAGCAAGGAAUGGAAGCUCAGAAGCGGUACCGAAGUCCAUCGCAUAUCGUGCUAUGUCACCGUUGUACAUGGGCGAGCCGUAUCGCAUACUGCUAGGACAGAACGGUGCAGAUGAGCAGAAGGGUAGGCGCGGCCAAUGGAAUGCAGAUAUCUGGGAUAGCUAUGGGAAACAGAGCAUGAAGGGAACGAUCCAAGAGUAG